CCAACAAGGGCCAUCGUCAUCACCAACCAGCGACUUGAGUUUCAAAAUAUUUCACUCUCUCUCACCUCAACCAACGUUUCCCAUUUCUACCUUCUGUCUUCAUUGCCAAUUUCCCACAUCACCCCAGCACCGCUUACAUUCAAUCUUCUCAACGUCGGCCUGAGCCCGCAUUUCCUAAGUUUCGACUUGUAGCCUCGAGCAAAUCCCUGGUACACACAACUACCAUCUAAUCUUUCACAACCCCUCGAACCUAAUCUACCGAGUCGUCCAAUUCGAGUCCACACGAUCGAGAUGCCUGAAGAUGCUGAAGUCAAGGACGACCGUCGCGAUGACAAGGAGGAAGUCGCUGAUGAAGAGGAAGAGAUCGCAGCCAUGAAGCGUCGUGUAGCCGAGAUGGAAUCUGAAGCUGCCAAGUUACGGGAGAUGCAGAGUUCGCUCGAUCCGCACGCCGAAGGAGUGCAACGCGAAGACCGAGAAGAUGUCGACGCGCGCAGCAUUUUCGUGGGCAAUGUCGACUACGCUGCUACUCCCGAAGAGAUCCAGGCACAUUUUGCCAGUGGCCCAGGCAGCAUCAACCGAGUCACAAUCUUACUGGACAAGUUUACUGGUCAUCCAAAGGGGUAUGCUUAUGUGGAGUUUUCAGACGCUGGGUUGGUGGCUCCGGCACUCAUUCUUAAUGAGAGUGUUUUCCAUGGCCGCAACCUCAAGGUCGUCCCCAAGCGAACCAAUCUUCCUGGAAUGACUAGAGGUCGCGGAAGAGGUGGUCCCCGUGGCGCAGGCCGAGGCGGAUAUCCUGGAGGUGGUCGAGGAGGUUAUGGAGGUGGUGGCUACGGCGGUGGCAGCUCAUAUGGCGGUAGCGGAUUCGGAAGUCCUCGAGGAGCGCCAAGAGGAGGUAGUAGCUUUCGAGGUCGAGGUCGCGGUUAUGCACCUUACUAAGGGACGGUGAAGCUGAUGUCUAUUCAGCCUGCGACACAAUUGCAAGCGACUGUGAUGGCGGCCUCUAUCAAGGGGUAUAAGACCUACAGGUUAGCGCUACCAUGACCCAUGUGCUGUGCUACUGGGACACGACGUGUCGAUGACAACCACCCAUUGACGGGAUCAAGGGAAUGAUCGUUUGCAUAAGGACAUCUCGCCGGAGCGGCCAGAGUGACUAGGAGAUGGAUGUUGGCAGACACCAGGAGUAGGCAUGGGUUUAAGAAUUUGCCAACGGGCAUCUCUCCUCACGCGACCUCACGAGUUUAUAUGUGACUAGUAGCAUGCAUCCAAGAGGCCAUGGAAAAUAUAGUCUUGUUGACCGCAAUGAGAUGUGAUUAAUAUAGCGACAGACUUUCAAGACGCACUUCUCGAUUUGGAUCAGCCGAAAGGAAUUCAAUAUCCGACACAUGGGUUGUGUAUGGGAUACAGAGUGGCGACACAUAAGUAAUCAGGCAGAGCGGCUACCGAACUCCAUGGAUAUUCGUUAUCAUAGUCGACUUAAGUACUACC